ACAGUUUUCCAAUGUUACAAUGUACUGUACAUUAUAAUGCUCUUGGAUAAUAAUUAACAUAAUUACAGUAAUGUAAAAUGGUAUAAUUCUUUUCUGGAAGAUUCUUUAUAUUUAUCAAAUUUUAAUUUUAGUAUUUGUCUUGAUUACUAGGUUCCACAAGUCUUUUGGGAAUUUUCAUCACCUAGAGUAUUAACUAUGGAAUAUUGUGAAGGAGGUCAAGUUAAUGAUAAAAAUUAUUUAAAGGAAAAUCAUAUUUCAUCUACUCAGAUAUUUCAACAACUUGGAGAAUUAUAUAGUGAAAUGAUAUUUGUGAAAGGUUAUGUACACUGUGAUCCUCAUCCUGGCAACAUUCUUGUUCAAAAGAAAUCUAAAGAUGUUGAUAUCAUACUUCUAGAUCAUGGGCUAUAUUCUAAAUUAUCAGACCAGUUCCGUCUACAAUAUUCAAAUCUAUGGAUGAGUCUCCUAUCUGCUGAUGUUGAAGGAAUUAAACACUGGGCAAAAGCUUUAGGUGUUGAAGAAUAUGGUCUUCUGGCUUGUAUCAUGACUGCACGGUCAUGGAAAGCAAUACAAGAGGGAAUUAAUCGGAAACAGAAGACAAUGGAAGAGAGCAAUGAAGUACGUCAUCAUGCUGCUGCAUUAAUGCCAGAGAUUGCAAAAUUGUUAGGUAAAGUACCUCGAGAAAUGCUGCUUAUGUUCAAAACAAAUGAUCUUCUAAGAGGAAUAGAAACUAAAUUAGGUGCACAUGGACCAAUGUCUUUCAUUAGUAUGACUCGUUGCUGCAUUCGCGCAAUAGGAGCCGAACAGGUAAAGAGAUGCUUGAACUGGUGGUGUUCAGCUCGCGUAUACUUGUGGAUGCAGUGGCAGCAGACUAAGAUUACGGUGUACACGUUAUUCUUGCAAAUUCAAAAUUUAUGUCAAAAUGUACCUCUUCUAAAUAGGAUUGUAGCUUAUUAAUUAAUUAAUUUUUUUUAAUAAUACUUAAAAAAUUUGGAAUAUAUUUAUACAGGAAAGCAAAUAAGAUUCUUCUUAUUAAUCAUUAGAAAAUAUGCAAUCAACUUGUUUUGUUAAAUGUGCAAUAAGUUUAUUAAUAAGGCCUUAACAUGUUAUGAAGUUUUCAUUGCAAAUGAUGACAUUUUUUAUUAC